AUGUUUGCUUUUGAUGUAAUCGAUGAGUGUUUUGUUAAAUCCAAACUAAAUAGUCUUAAAACAAACAAAGCUAUUGGUUUGGACAACAUCAAUGCCAGAUUGCUAAAGGACUCCGCUGACGUUAUCACAACAAGUUUGACUAAACUUUACAACCGGUCAUUAGCAACCUCCGUCUUCCCAGCUGUAUGGAAAUGUGGCAAAGUAACUGCAUUAUUCAAAUCCGGUGACCGCUGCAAUGCCAAUAAUUAUAGACCAAUAACUAUUCUACCAACUGCUAGCAAAAUACUUGAAAGAGCUGUUCAUAGUCAAGUCUAUAGCUAUCUACUUCAUUAAAAUAUCCUGACCCCGAAACAAUUUGGAUUCCGCCCUAAACUCUCCACGGCAAUUGCUCUCACCUACUUCACUGACAACAUUCUGGAUAAUUUAGACAAAGGUUCUAUCGCCGGUGCAGUUUUCUUAGAUCUUUUGAAGGCCUUCGACACGGUUAGUCACGAUCGUCUCAUACAGAAACUUGGCACUAUUGGUUUUUCACAGCCAACAAUCAAGUGGUUCUCUUCUUAUCUCUCUAAUCGUUUUCAAGUCACUUCUAUUGGCCUUGAACAGUCGUCCACUCAACCAGUACAUGUCGGAGUACCCCAAGGAAGUAUACUGGGUCCUUUACUGUUUCUCAUUUAUGUGAAUGAAAUUCCCUCCACUGUUAAUAACUGUGACAUUUCCCUGUAUGCAAAUGAUACAGUCCUAUUUUGCUCAGCUAAAUCCAUUAUUGAAUUGGAACAAAAGCUAAACUCUGACCUACAGAACUUAUCUCGUUGGUUUGGUGCUAACCGUUUAACUCUUAACACUUCUAAAUGCAAAUUUAUGGUUUUCGGAAGUAAUGCCAAACUACAAAAUAUAAAUCUUCUUAUUAAUAAUAGCCCACUAAAUCGUGUUGAAUCAUUUAAGUAUCUUGGUAUAACCUUAAAUCAGACAUUAUCGUGGUCAGAUCAUAUUGAAGCACUCUUUACCAAAGUUAAUCAACGUCUUGGUAUUAUACGAAGAGUUAAACACCUCCUAACUGUUGAAUCUCGUCGUACUCUAGUAAACAGCCUUGUCAUGCCGAUCUUUGACUACGCUGAUUUUGUGUGGGGUGAUAAAAACAACUCUGUCCUGAUGAACCACCUUCAAGUUCUUUACAACAAAGCCGCUAAAAUCAUUCUUGACGCUCAUCCACUCUCGUCAGCCUCAGAAUCCCUACGAUCGUUAAAUUGGCAGCCGUUAGCAACUCGUAGACACCUUCACCGUUGUCUAAUCAUGCACAAGUGUUUAAACAAUGACAUCGAUUUUAAAUUUAAUUUCAAGUUCUCCUCUGACAUCCACAGCUACAACACUCGAAACAAACAGAACAUACAUUUGGAACGCGUGAAGAAGAACUGGGGGAAGCAGGCAUUCAGCUACCAUGCUGCCAACGACUGGAAUAGUCUGCCAGUGGAAAUCCGAAAUAUACAGCAAAUUAAAACUUUUAAAACUAAACUAAAGAAACAUUUAGCUACAUAGCCAUAGGACUCACUACCGAACCGAUUGGAUGCGCAAGAACUUUAUACGAUAUAACUUUUCAUAUAUUCACUUUUGUUAGUUUUAUAUAUUUUUUUUAUUCUUUUUUUUUUAUCAGGGCUCCACUGAAAAUCACUUUCGUGAGUGGACCCCCUGACUAAAUAUUGUAAUUAUUAUUAUUAUUAUUAUCUGAUCUCGUCUGCACUGAAGAACCUGAUUUUAUCAAUGACUGUGAAAUAAUCUGGACAUCCCUUAAGUUAAGCAAUUGCAAAACAUUGUAUCUGUCAGCAUUCUAUAGACCUCCCAACUCAAUCACAGAGGUACUGGACAAAUUCCAUGAUUCUAUCAGUCACGUAUUUGACAAAAGUCUCACCCAUCCCAACGUAAUUAUUGGAGGAGAUUUUAAUCUUGGUGACAUUGAUUGGGCAUCAGAUGAACCGGCUCCUCGUAUCUCAAAUUCUGCCUCACAGCAUAAUAAAUUCCUACACCUGAUUGAUGAUUUCUCGUUAUCUCAACACGUCAAAUCUACUACUAGACCUGCCUCUGCCAAAAUUCUGGAUUUAUUAUUAUCUACAUAUCCAAACUCUGUCCUUAACACUACAACCAUCUCCGGCAUCAGCGGCCAUCUUGCUGUUGUAUUCGAAGUAAAUUUGAAACCAUCACGAGUAGUUAAACCUUCUCAUAAAAUCUAUAACUACAAAAAGGCAGACUUUAAUGGUCUCAAUGAUCACAUGCUGAAUUCGUCGUCAUUGUUCUUCUCGUCUAACCCCGAAAAUAGGUCGGUUGAGGAAAACUGGAUAACUUUUAAACAUGCUUUGUCUGAUGGAAUAAAUCAAUUCAUCCCGCAGAAGUCGUCGCGACCAAGAUUUAAUCUUCCAUGGAUAACUCUUAACAUCAAACGGGAAAUGCGUAGGAAAGAUCGGCUCCAUAAAAAGGCUGUCCAAACCAAGAAAUCUCAACAUUGGAAUAACUUUAAAUAUCAAAGAAAUCAUGUGUCUAAGCUUAUUAAAGAAUCACACGAGAACUACCUUAAUAACAUCAUUGGUAGCAGCUUGGCCGAGAAUCAAAAAAAGUUCUGGUCUUAUGUCAAGAAUAGUAAAUCUGAAUCUAUAGGAAUCCCUCCCUUGAAAUCUAACAGCACUGUCAGCAUCUCAGAUAAGGAUAAAGCGGAAACCCUAAAUUCAUACUUCUUCUCAGUUUUUACUUGUGAACAGUUACCAUCUCCUAGUAUGGGCCAGUCACCAUACGAGCCCAUCACUGACCUGCAGAUUAAUCCAGAUGGUGUCGUUAAGCAGCUAUCCGACUUAAACCCCCAAAAGGCAUGUGGUCCAGAUUGA